UCAGAGGCAAAAUCUCUCUCGUCCAUCUUGUCCAAGCUUCAUGGGACGCUAGAGACGCUACACCUCCUAGGCGCGUCGACGCCCGUGGAUGCCCUCCGGGACCUCGAUUGGCCGCAUCUCACUACGCUCAUCAUAAACGCAGAUCCCCCCACCGGCGAUCUUCCUCACGCGCGACUGCUACCGCGGAUGGAACUCCUGGCCAGGGCGCGCCACCGAGCGAGCCCCCCUCUGGCCUCCGGGUGCUCCGGCCCCUUCCCUUGGCCGAGGCUCGAGAGGCUCGUCAUAGCCUGCCCGAACGCCCAGGACGAGGUGUACGAGCACCUCCCGCCCACGCUCCGCGCGCUGUCCCUCCGCCACUGGAAGUUCGCGUGGCUGCACGAGGGGCUCGUCCCCUCGCUCUACCACAGCUCCGGCGCGAUGCUCGCCAUCCUCCGACGUUGCGCCGCUGCGGACAUCGAGCGCCUGGAGAUCGAGUACAGGGCGGACAGCACGUCCGAGGACGCGAUG